AUGAGUAUUAAAGAAUCCAUCAACAUCGAUGACUACCAACUCGCUCAGCUGGGCCAUUCCCAGUCCUUCAAGCGAAACUUCAGUCGCUGGACAAUGCUGGGUCUGGCGUUUGCUAUCCUGAAUUCAUGGACAGCACUCGCAGCGUCUCUCUCCCUCGCGCUUCCCUCUGGAGGCCCUGUGGCUGUCAUCUGGGGACUUGUCACGGCUGGCAUUUGCAACUUGUCGCUUGCUGCGAGUCUCGCUGAGUUUCUAUCUGCCCAACCGACGUCCGGAGGCCAGUACCACUGGGUUGCGACUAUUGCACCCCAAUCACUCAAGAUUCCUCUGUCUUGGAUUACUGGAUGGAUCAACCUCAGCGGAUGGGCCUGUCUGGUUGCAACGAACUGCUCUUUGUCCAGUACUCUCAUCAUCAACAUCAUUUCGCUUCAAAACCCCAACUACGAGUUCCAAAGAUGGCACCAAUUCCUCAUCUACCUCGGAAUAACUUUCAUCGCUUUCGCUACCAACGCUUUCCUUCAUUCGCUUCUCCCUCGCAUAAACGGACUUGCGCUUGUUUGGAGUAUUGCGGGCUUUUUCAUCAUUUCUAUCACCGUGCUUGCAUGUGCAGCACCCGACUAUGCUACAGCGGACUACGUGUUUGCCACAUUCAUCAAUACCACAGGAUGGCCUGAUGGUAUUGCUUGGCUGCUUGGUCUCCUACAGGGAGGACUUGGUCUCACAGGUUUCGAUGCUGUGGCGCAUAUGAUCGAGGAGAUCCCAAAUGCGGCAACAGAAGGACCCAAGAUCAUGCUCUACUGUCAGUACAUCGGCAUCUCGACAGGCUUCCUUUUCCUAAUUGUGGUUCUGUUUGUGUCUGGGGGCAUCAAGAACGCUGACACCAUCAUUGGAUCCACGGCUGGGCCAUUGCUUGAGAUAUUUUACCUGGCUACGAACAGCAAGGUUGGUGCCAUCUGUCUGUUGAUGUUUCCCCUUCUCUGCUUAGUCUUUGCUGCCAUCGCUGUCAUGACGACUUCUUCUCGCAUGAUGUUCGCAUUCGCAAGAGACGGAGGCCUUCCUGCUUCGCAUCUCUGGUGGAAGGUCCAUCCAAAGCUUGGAGUUCCCAUGAAUGCACUUUAUCUAAAUGUUGUCAUUGUGGUUGUCUUUGGUUGUAUCUAUCUCGGCUCGACGGUUGCUUUCAACGCUAUUGUGGCAUCGUCUGUCGUGGCCCUGGGUCUAAGCUAUGGUAUACCUAUUGCUCUUCACCUAGCACGCGGACGAACUCAAUUACCCGAAGGGGCUUUCAAAUUGCCUAACUGGCUUGGGUGGACGACAAACAUUAUUGGACUGGUCUACACUAUUGUCACUACUGUUCUGUUCUUAUUUCCUCCCGCAUUACCAGUCGAUGGUACUACCAUGAACUACUGCGUGGUUGCGUUUGGAGUCAUUGUUGUAAUUUCUGCUAUUCAAUGGUUAGUGGAUGGACGGAAAAACUUCAAAGGGCCGAGGAUCACUAUCGGGGAAAGCAAUGUCCCAGAGAUGGAUACUGUCUAG